CAGCGGUACGGUUCGGGCGACAACUGAUGACGUUCAUCGCCAGUUGGGCUGAUGAAGCCAAAGGGAACGAACGGCUUGUCGCUGUGGGCGCCGGUCCUACUGUUAGCAGUGACAAUAGCCAUGGUGAUAUCAUGAGCAAAGAAGCAAUUUAGCCGGCUAGAAGUUGUGACGACAGUUAUACCCAAAGCGCGAAAGUUAGCCCCCCAUUUAUAAACCGUGGUUUACCUUGUUUGUGUCUAGAGAGGAGGAUCGAUUCUUUUGUGCCAAUAAUAACACUAAUGUAAUGAUAAUUGUGGGCGAUAAUUGUCGACGGAUCUUCUCAGUACGAUAUGGAAUCUAUUAAUGAUAGAAUUGCCUUAAUCUAGGCUACGUUUAUCUAGUGCUAUUUUCUCUACGAAUAAAUUCGAUUGACGCAUGCAAUGGAUUAUUAAGCCCUAGGGGUAAAAGUGGCGCAAAAUUUACCAAAUCAGUGAUAUUUACAGAAACGAUAACGUAACAUUGAAUAAAGUCAAACAUUGAACUUUAUGCACACGUACAGUGUGUCGCUGUGAAAUUUGCUUUUUUACUGACUCAAGUGUGAACCGAAUUGGACCGAAGUGUGCUCUACACGUUAAGAGCACUCAAGAUCCUUGUUUUUGACGGAUUACAUCGAUACGUUUUGAGGCAACAACGGCGGGUGAAGAACGUCUAACAAAUCCAACCAUCUAAAACGGGCAUAGAAAAACAAAAAUGGAAAACAUUCUUACGGGUAGUAUAGCAAUUUAAUACACGAAUGCAAAGACUCAACUAUACGCUUGCAUUCGAAUCAACAUAGCGCAAAGAAAUGAUGCUGCCGCAAAAAUCAACGCUGACCUCUUCACGAGAGCUCUUCUACCCUUCCGCCCGCUUCGACAGAACCUUAACUUGAACUUAGUCCUGUAUUCGUUUCCAGUCAGAUACGUUUUAUGGAACACAUCUUGCUGUCAAUGAUGGCGGUGCAGAACUACGAGGCAGAUAGCAUUGCCGAUACUCCAUAUAUGAUGCAGAAUAUGAUUGCGACCUUCUUCUUUAUCGCCUACUUCUUCCUCGUUGUUGUGUCUAUAUGUGGAUCCGUGACGAUUAUCUUUCUCGUGUUGCGCUACAGAAACUUGCGGUCGCGUCCCAUCAAUUUUUACUAUGUAAACAUGGCGUUUGCCGAUCUCUUCUUGGCUAGCCUGGGUGCGCCGUUCCGUGCUCUCUAUUAUCUAAACAUGAGAUGGACGCUUGGCCCGUUUAUGUGCCACUGGUUCGAGUUUGCCGAAAAUCUCGGCUACUUCGUCCACGUCUAUUCGUUGACAGUGGCCUCCUUCCUAAUCCUGCAGGACGUUUCGGCGAUUCGUCGUAGCUGUCUUAGAAACGAGAACAUGGCAAAAUCGACCUGUCUGCGAUCGUACGCUGUCGGUUCGUUUGGCAUCUGGAGCUUUGGCAUACUCGCCUGUGUGCCAUACUCAACAUUCCGCAACUAUAUGCGAGAGCAAUGCAUAGUAUCUGAUCGAAAUUUCUUUGUUCUACCAGAGAAACUCUUUGGCCCGUUCGUGCUGAUAGUUGUCCCCGUUUCAGUAACGAUUAUCGCGAUUCUUUUGAUCAUUUGCUGCGCGUGCAGCGCACGACGGAUCGAGACGACGUAUCACGAACAUGUCCUGCUACGAACACAGAAGUCCACCCGGCAUGUUUCUCUUCUCAUGCUAAUCUAUAUACUUUGCCAGAUUCCCUACUUUGCAUUGAAGUGGCUUUCCCUCAAAGGACUCGCACAGCAUGACACCCUGCAGUUCUGCGCUGCGGGUCUUCGUCUGUCGGCAGUUUGUUUCAGCACUGCAUUUUUCUGCUAUAUCAGCGAUGAAAAGGUCCUUUACAACGUACGUCAUGUUAUGGCGGAAAAGGAGAACGUCGUUAAUAAACCGAAAUCAAAAUCAAGAGGUGGUACAGGGGGAAAGCCUCGUGCACUCGCAGACAAAAUCCCGUUGAGAAGCGUAAGCGACAAUCAAUAUCAACCGCCGGCAGGCCAAAGUGAGUUUCGUCAGGAUGACUGUUAUGCGCGUAACAAUCCGAACACGUUACUGAUGCAACACGCUACCAGCAGUAGCACCUACGAUAGCGGUUCAUUCAACGAGCGGCACAAAACAGUUUCCAGAACAGUGGCCAGGCGUCACCAUGGAAACGGUGAUGAUUUGACGUUACCACUGCGUAGAGAACAGCCAGAAACCUACGUUUAGCCAGUGUCGUCAGCCAGGGAAACAGAACGGGACACUAACUAGGUCACAUAUCUCAGAAAAGAAGAGUGUCCGAUCGCCGCUGGUUAUUUAAAAGCUGACAUUAGUAGGUGUGCGAAUAUUGUUAAAGACCUUUACUCAAACCUACGAUAGGACGCCUUGAAGGUGAGUGAAACUCUUCGCUUCAAGAAUUCGCCACACGUUACAAUUGCAUAACAAUAAGUGAACAAACAGGCCUAUAAAAAAAAUUCAUGCUGUUUAUUGUCAAGACGCAAAACAGCCUAAAGAUAUUUGUGUCGCUUUCGUUCUCAAAAUUGUCGACAAGUUACGGAACAUAAUAUCCAGGCACUGUUUUAUCACGAGUACGACGAGCUAAAUAGAAGGAACACUUUGAUAGUACAAAAUAUUAAAUGCCGUCAUAUUUUAACUCAUUAGACGAAGUGGUGUUAUCAAUGUACAGCUCAACAUUUACAAGCUCUUGUCAAGGUUCACAGGUCAGACAUCAUUUUCUUGUCACUAAGUGCAAGCAAUCGGUAAACACAGGAUGAAAAGUCAACAUGGCUGUGCCACACAUAGAUGAAGAAAGGCUGUUGACAAACUAACAUCCUGCAAGAAUGCGAUAUCAUGCAUUGAUCGAAGUAUAUUUAUUGAGCUCUUCGGUAACCGGGACCAAAAAGGUUACGCUUAAAUUUGUGGAAACCACGUCUGUUCGUUUGCCACUGUAAACAAAUACGUCAACGACGUGGCCUAGUACAAUGAGAUGAUUGGGUCAAUUUAUAAGAAGCCAGAAUAAAAUUCACCCCAAAUAUUCUCAAGGUCUGCGUGAAUGCCACGAAUAUGAAAUGGUUAUUGUUCAUUGACAUCGGUGUACCGAAAUACUGGUCUGAUGUUUGUUUGAUGAAGCCAUAUUUAUAAUCGACAGUUGCUUCCAUAGUUAAGUUAAAGAAGAACAGCUAGCGUGUAAAUAUUUAAAUAUCUUUCUCGAUCUGAAGCAGGAUGUGGAUCUGUUCGUACUAAACUAUGAUUGAGGGCAAGACGGAUGUCCCUCUAGUAUUAUAAGAACUGAAGCUUGAAGUUGCAACUGACGCUAGCGGACGUUAGCUGAAGGAACUGGAACAUCUAAAAUAAGCGAAACGCUAGCCGGCUUUAUCUUAUAGACAAAGGAUUUAUCUAGAGCAGCUACUGCUGCUGUGUUUCAGUUAAUGCUGUCCAAUAAAUCAAUCCGCGGAUAUUUUCUGUCUUCACCCUAGCUACCUCAGCGUCCUUUCGGUCCGUCGUAAAGACAUUAUUGUUGUUAUGGCGAAGCUCGAAACGCUUGCGUAGUCGAACUAGAAGGAAGGGUACAAGCGGUUCAACGUGAUAAUAUGAAGCAGCCUCGUAGGCAACAAUGCGUAGCCAUCAUCAUUCGAUUAAAACAUCUGUGACAGGUCCGUUCUAAUUCGGAUUCACAAGCAUAAGCAUCAGAUAAGUACGCCGAAACUCGUAUAUUCUUCUAAUGCUUGCCGCACAAUGUCGUAACAAUGAUGAUGAUAAUAACAAUAACAUAUGUACUGCAAUCGCGUCUAGCACUGGCCAUUGUUAUUUGUUGAAGUUGACAUCAAACCAUGACGUAAUGGAUCACAGCGUGGAAAUAUACCGCAAACGUGUAUAGCUGUCAAAAGCAGAAAGGACAAAUUUAAAUAUUUACCUAUUUAGUACGUAUAUGUAUAUAUCCAAUAGGCGUUCAGUUAAAAAUAGCACAUACGACAGUUAAGAUAAAUGCGAACAUUAUACCAGACGUAUCGAUUGCUUAUAAUUCAACGCGCGCAGAAUAACAACAAUGAUAGUAAAAUAGUUGAUAAUGAUAACGCUAAGCGCUGGAGGACACUAACUGUCCUUAGCUUGCUAGGGCGUCAAUAUCCUAUGUUUCUGCGUUCUGUACGACAGAUGCGCGUAAACUCCAAAUUCAAUAAAAUAUACUGUUUUAUCGGUAAUCAAUAACUUCGGUACAUUUUGAUUUACAGCAUAAUGUGAAAAAUGCGAGCCGUUGAAUUAUUUCAGGGUUUCGGCUUCAGUCAACAAACGCUAUUUGUGCUAAAUCGCUUACACCGCUAUAUCUAGCUGUGCAUAUACGGAGUGUUUACUAAAAACACCUCAUAUGAAAUAAACAUUUAAU